GCAGAGCUGGAGGGUGUGCAGGGAAACGCAGAGCUAGGAGGUGUGGGCCUCGGGUGAAGGGAGACCCAGCUCUUAGACCUGGGAGCCCAGACGAGGUGGAUCUGCCCACCUUGCAGCUUCCAGGUAGAUCCUUCUUGUGGCUCCAGAUGCUCUGGCGAAUGCAGGAAGGGGAGGCUCUUUUCUCCUUUGCACCCCAGCAAUCUGGAGUGCAAGACCGUUUGCGGGAGGGGGCUUAGUCAGCUGUUUCGAAGAGGCAGCCUCCCCUCCCUUUUAUCCACCAAGCCCCCUAUUUCCGGGUGGGGGCACGGUGACUGCCAAGGCCAGUAAGCACCUCACUUAACCCUUCUCUCCCUGAGGAGGUGCAUGCUCCUCUCCCAGAGGUGCCUUUGGCUGAGAGUGGAUCCCUGGUUCCUAGUAGCCCUAUAGGGAAACAUUUGGAGGUUGGGUGGGUUUGGAACCCUGUAAAACCUUUAGGUCCUCCCUGUUCAGACCUUCCACGUGCAGGCUUUUCUUACUUUCUCCGCGGGUGCCCUGCAGAGGACUCCUGCUGCCUUGUACCAGUUGGGAAAAAGCAAAAUUCAGAGCAGUUCCUUUUUCUGGGUCCCUCGCCUUGGCCACAUCGGAGGAAACGUCGACUCGCCAGGGCUCCCGGGAGAAAUCCCGAGGUCAGUCCCUCCCAUUCUAGGGCACCCCUGGAGCAGCUAGCUCCCUGCCUAGCGGUGGCAAACUCCAGAGCCCCAAGGAGCAGAACGGGGAUUCCCUGGGCGCAGGCUCCUGGUGCAGCUCCUGAGCACAAAGGCCACACCCUCACAGGCCAGGCCUGGUGAGAGAGCCGGGCUUCUUCAGAAGUACCUGGACACCUGAGGUGCCCAAGCAAGGAAAGAAAUAAUGAAGAGACACGUGUGUUAGCUGCAGCCUUUUGAACCACGCAAGAAGGAAAUCAAUAGUGUGGACACGGCUGGAACCAUUACCACGCUUGUUGGAGUAAAUGAGGAAUGGGCUCAUGAUUAUGCUGACAUUCCAGCAUGAAUCUGGUAGACCUGUGGUUAACCCGUUCCCUCUCCAUGUGUCUCCUCCUACAAAGUUUUGUUCUUAUGAUACUGUGCUUUCAUUCUGCCAGUAUGUGUCCCAAGGGCUGUCUUUGUUCUUCCUCUGGGGGUUUAAAUGUCACCUGUAGCAAUGCAAAUCUCAAGGAAAUACCUAGAGAUCUUCCUCCUGAAACAGUCCUACUGUAUCUGGACUCCAAUCAGAUCACAUCUAUUCCCAAUGAAAUUUUUAAGGACCUCCAUCAACUGAGAGUUCUCAACCUGUCCAAAAAUGGCAUUGAGUUUAUCGAUGAGCAUGCCUUCAAAGGAGUAGCUGAAACCUUGCAGACUCUGGACUUGUCCGACAAUCGGAUUCAAAGUGUGCACAAAAAUGCCUUCAAUAACCUGAAGGCCAGGGCCAGAAUUGCCAACAACCCUUGGCACUGCGACUGUACUCUACAGCAAGUUCUGAGGAGCAUGGCGUCCAAUCAUGAGACAGCCCACAACGUAAUCUGUAAAACGUCCGUGUUGGAUGAACAUGCUGGCAGACCAUUCCUCAAUGCUGCCAACGACGCUGACCUUUGUAACCUCCCUAAAAAAACUACCGAUUAUGCCAUGCUGGUCACCAUGUUUGGCUGGUUCACCAUGGUGAUCUCAUAUGUGGUAUAUUAUGUGAGGCAAAAUCAGGAGGAUGCCCGGAGACACCUCGAAUACUUGAAAUCCCUGCCAAGCAGGCAAAAGAAAGCAGAUGAACCUGAUGAUAUUAGCACUGUGGUAUAGUGUCCAAACUGACUGGCGUUGAGAAAGAAAGUAGUUUGAGAUUGCAGUAGAAAUAAGUGGUUUACUUCUCCCAUCCAUUGUAAACAUUUGAAACUUUGUAUUUCAGUUUCUUUUGAAUUAUGCCACUACUGAACUUCUAACAAACACUACAACAUAACAAACAAUUUUAGUUUAGAUGAUCCACCCCUUAACUGUACCCCCGAUGGUAUAUUUCUGAGUAAGCUACUAUCUGAACAUUAGUUAGAUCCAUCUCACUAUUUAAUAAUGAAAUUUAUUUUUUUAAUUUAAAACCAAAUAAAAGCUUAACUUUGAACCAUGGAAAA